AAAAGCGAAAAAAGGGGUGAAAUUCCUAAUGAUAAGGAGAAAACAAAGAAUGUGUAUAUAAGCCCAAAGAGGAGUCUGAUUUAAUCAUUUAUCAUUUUUCAUGAUAUGAAAAUUAAUAUGACAUUUUAUUCACAAUCAUUCUUCAUUUCAAUGGAUUCUUCAAAAUCUAUCAAACUCUCUAACAAAAGAAAAACAGACCCUUUUAUCUUCUAGCCAAAAUUCAACCUUCCACCACUCUCCAUUUCAAAGAACCUUUGAUAUCAUCGAUACAAUAUUGACGAUGAAAUUUCAGUUAAUUGUUAUUUAGUGAUCUCAUCUUUUAUAGAAUCGAUCGAUCUAUGAUGUUGAUCUUAUUCUAUUCUUAGUACUUUCUUUUGACCUGUCCUUUCAGAGGAACAAGAUCUGAUGAGUCAUAUUUUUCGAUAGCGAAUCGAUCGAUUAUAUAUUGUUAAUAUCAUCAAUCUUUGUUGCAAAAGAUGGAUGAACACGGAGGAGGAGGAAGCAAGGUGACAGGUAUAAGGCAAAUUGUGAGACUUAAAGAGUUGUUACAUAAAUGGCAAAAUGUGACACUUAGUCCUAAAGGUACUAAUUCAUGUCAUGAGCAUGAUCAACACCCUCUUCAAUCAUCAAAUAUUGAUAGUAGUGGUGGCAAUUUUCAUGGAGGUAUAUCACCAGCUAUUACUAAGAGGCUAAAGAACUCCAUUAAUGUGUAUUGUGAUUCGGACGACGAGAGUUGCCAGAGUCCAGAGCCACCCCAUGGUGUUCCUAAAGGUUAUUUAGGAGUAUAUGUUGGACCUGAGCUUCGUAGGUUUAUAAUACCUACAACUUACUUAAGUGAUCCUUUGUUCAAAGUGUUGUUGGAAAAAGUUGAAGAAGAAUUUGGCUUUGAUCAUACUGGUGGACUUACUAUACCUUGUGAGAUUGAGACUUUUAAGUACUUGUUGCAAUGCAUGGAGAGUCAUCAAAGAGGUGUUGAUCCUCAACAUGAUUCUUCUGGAUCUUCAUUGGCGAUUAAGGGGUGAUUAACUACAAUGGUCUUAGUGAUGGAUGAAUCUUUAGGGAUUUUUAUUUCUUGUUUUUAAUUUUCCUUAAUUCUUCUGGUGUUAAUUAAGCUAAGAUGAUCUUCAUGUAAUGUAGAUUUCACAAUUCUUUUUUUUUUUUUUGUCUCUUUUACUUCUACCUUUGUAUUCAAAGUUAGAAGUAACAAGGUUAGAUAUUUUUUAACAAGGUUCAUUGGCAAGAGAAACAACAAAAACCUUUGACCUUUUGCUGGAAAUAACCUACAAUAUUUUAGUGGUUAUUGACCCUUGCAUUUUUAGGCAAGUCUAUUUACAUCUUUUGGCUUGUAUUUUCUUAUUUGGUUAUCAUAUUUUUGUACUAUCAUGUUUUGAA